AUGUCGGACGAAACUAUUGCUGUCGCUGCUGCUACUGCCCCAGUGGAAACAAAAGCUCCUGAGACUGUGAUUGAGCCCACCACUGUAUCCGAACCUACUCUUCUGGAUAAAGAAGAAUCUUCUAAGGAGGAGACUUCUACUGAAGAGGCACCUGUUCCCGAAAAGGAAGAAGAACCAGUCACCACUGAGGAUAAAGAGACAGAAAAUACCGAACAGCCUCAAGAACAAGAAAAAUCUCAAGAGGCUGUUGAAGAAGAAGAAGAAGAAGUUGCAGAACCCACAAUCGAGGAACCUGCUGAUGAACCUGCUGAUGAACCUGCUGAUGAAAAGACUAAGGAAACCACAGAGGUGGCUCCUCAAGUAGAACCCGAGGAACCUACAGAAGAAGCUGCUGAACCCACUGAAGAACCAGUAGUUGAAGAAUCUACCAAAGAACCGGUGGUUGAAGAACCAGUUACUGAAGAGACAGCUGUCGAAGAACCAGCUUCCAAAGAACCAGCUUCCGAAGAACCAGCUUCCGAAGAGCCAGCUGUCGAAGAACCAGCCAUUGACGAGCCUACUGACACAACCGAAUCUAGUGAAGUCAAGGCCAGAGAAUCCGUCAAUGAGGAAGAGGAAGAGAAGCCAGUUGCAAACGGCGCAACUUCUAAGGAAGAGGAAGAACCUGAAAAAAAGACUAACGGAGAAUCUAAACAAGCAAAUGGUACUGAUGAAGUUGCGAAAACAGAAGAAGAAGAGGAGGAAAAAAAGGAAGUCACACCGCCACAAUCAGCACAAGAAGAAAAACCCAAAUCUACACCAAAGUCUGUCAAAAAGUCUGACACUGCUACUCCUGAUUCAAAAAAGACAAAUAACCGCCGUGCUACGACAGCUCCUGAACCAGAAAAGCCCUUUACUGCUGGAACUGUUGUUCUUGCCAAAGUUAAAGGAUAUCCUCCUUGGCCUGGUAUUAUUGUCACUGAGGAUUUCCUUUCUGAAGAAAUUCUUUCUGCCAAACCCAAAACUUCUCGACGACGAAAAAAUGCAAAUGUUUCUUCGGAACUUCUUGACAAUAACAUAUAUCCUGUCCUGUUUUUUGUUGACCGAACAUACAUGUGGGCUGCUCGUCCGGAUUUGAAACUUUUGACAACAAAGGAAGCCCAGGAUCACGUUAACAAGACCAAGAAGACAUCUUCUCUCACUGAAGCUUAUUCUGUUGCCAUGAACCCUCCAGACUUGGAGACUGUGGAACGCGAGAUUAGAGAGGCUGCUACUGCAGCAGCUGCCGCCGCAGCUGCUGCUGAAGAAGAGGAAGAAGAAGAAGAAGCUGAAGAGGAAGAGGAAGAAGCUGACGAAGAAAUUGAGGAAGAGCCCAAAUCUCGGAAACGCAAGUCUCGGGCUUCUACCAACAAGGAAACCCCUCAAAAGAAGCGUGCUACUACAUCAUCGACACGUAAGACUUCUUCACGACGAACUAAAAAGAACGACUCUGAUAUUUUUGAUCCUGACAAUGAGAUGGUUGAUGCUGAUCCUACAAUAAACAAGCGGGAGUCGAGGCGUUCUGCCUCCGGGAGAGCUAGUUCUUCAAAUAAUGGGUCUAGCUCAGGAGAUGGUGCUUCUGGGUCUAAGCGUAAGGGUCAACAGCAGGAUUCUAGUAGUGGAGCUCCCCCCAACAAGCGAGCCAAGUCGAAGGAUAGCAAGGAAUCUUCCGGGAGCUCGGGGAACACUAUUGUCGGCAAGUUGGGUGAAAAUCUUCCCCCAGAUGUUGCGGAGCGAGCCAAGAAUGUACGAGCACUGCGACACCGUCUCCACCGCCAAUUUAUCAAUACAAAGCUGAAUUCGGAGGACAUUGCACAACUUUCUCAGUACCUGAAUCGUCUUGAAGAGUUGCCUGAAAUUGAGCCAUUUAUAAUUCGGGCCAAUAAGUUUAAGAAGGUUUUGAGCGCCAUUUCCAAGAAUGAGCUUCCUGACGAGGAAAAGUACAAUAUUCGCAACCGUAUCAACACACUCAUUAGAAACUGGAACGAGCGUGAUGAACAGUGCAACCCGGAAUCUAACGUUGAUGGUAAUGCCAAUGGUGCCAAAGAGAAGACUUCUACGCCUGAAGCUUCUUAA